GCUUACACACCCAGCAGAGAAGCCAUGACAACGUUGAUCCACCGAGGGAAACGCGUGGAAGUCGGGAGGCAUGCAGAAAAGCGGCUGGAGGCCGAAGAACACGCUGUGGUCAACCAGACUUUGGGCGAAGAGGAUCCCGGAGACUCCAAGGACAUCCGUCUUACUCUCAUGGAAGAGAUCUUGCUUUUGGGUCUGAAGGACAAAGAGGGCUACACAUCUUUCUGGAAUGACUGCAUUUCUUCGGGGCUGCGAGGGGGCAUCCUUAUCGAGCUGGCCAUGCGAGGGAGGGUACAGCUGGAGCCCCAGUCCAUGAGGAAAAAGCGCCUGCUGGAUCGGAAGGUCCUCCUCAAGUCGGACGCCCCAACUGGAGAUGUGUUGCUUGACGAGACCCUCCGCCAUCUCAAGGCCACCGAGCCGUCCGAGACGGUGCAGACUUGGAUUGAGUUGCUCACCG